UCCCUUAGACCGGUCUAUUUUUUUCCCUUUACACCACGAAUUCUGACCUUGAAGCCGGAACAUCAUCUCUGAACAUGGCACUCCGUCAAGCCGUUAAAUCGUCAAAUCUUAUUCGGUUCCUGCCACAGUAUGCCUCAGCUGUAAAUGUGAAGCAAAGUUCAACAUGGGGUAGUGUAGAAAUGGGACCACCAGAUGCUAUCUUAGGUUUAACAGAGGCUUUCAAGAAAGAUACAAAUCCCAAAAAAGUUAGCCUUGGAGCAGGUGCUUACAGAGAUGACAAUGGAAAACCAUUUAUUUUACAAUGUGUUAAAACAGCAGAGAAACAAAUGAUGGAAGAGAAUGUUGAUCAUGAGUAUGCACCAAUUAGUGGUCCUCCAUCCUUCUGUAAAGCAUCUGCUGAAUUAGCAUUUGGUGCUGACAGCUCAGUCAUCAAAGAUGGUCGUAAUGUUACAGUUCAGGGUAUUUCUGGAACAGGAUCUUUAAGACUUGGCGGUGCCUUUUUUUCAAAAUUCUACGCAAAAAGUAAAGUAUUUUAUACACCAACACCAACUUGGGGAAACCAUAUUCCCAUCUUCAAACAUGCUGGUUUGGAUAUCCAGUCCUACAGAUAUUAUGAUCCUAAAACUUGUGGGUUUGAUUUUAAUGGAGCAUUAGAAGAUAUUUCAAAAAUUCCUGAGGGUGGUGUAGUUGUUCUUCACGCUUGUGCUCAUAACCCCACUGGUGUAGACCCAAAGCCAGAACAAUGGAAGGAAAUCAGCAGUGUUAUGAAGCAGAAAAAGUUAUAUCCUUUCUUUGACAUGGCUUACCAAGGGUUUGCCAGUGGGGAUAUUAACAAAGAUGCCUUUGCAGUCAGACAUUUUCUGGCUGAUGGACAUGAAAUAGCUCUCUGUCAGUCAUAUGCCAAAAAUAUGGGACUAUAUGGUGAGAGAGCUGGUGCUUUUACAGUUGUUUGUUCUUCAAAAGAGGAGGCAGAUAGAAUAACGUCACAAAUAAAAAUCCUCAUCAGAGCUAUGUAUUCAAGUCCUCCCAUUCAUGGAGCAAGGAUUGUAGACAGAGUACUCAAUUCCCCAGAACUCAGAAAUAUGUGGUUAGGAGAAGUGAAAGGAAUGGCUGAUCGUAUUAUCUCUAUGAGACAGAAAUUGAAAGAUGGACUAGCCCGUGAAGGAUCAAGUCAUAACUGGCAACAUAUUACUGAUCAGAUCGGAAUGUUCUGUUUUACUGGUUUGAAACCUGAGCAGGUGGACAGACUUAUUAAUGAAUUCCAUAUUUACCUGACAAAAGAUGGCAGAAUUUCAGUCGCAGGUGUAACAUCAGGGAAUGUUGACUAUGUAGCUAAUGCCAUGCAUCAAGUUUCCAAAUGAAAAUAAGACAUAGAAUAGUUACAGUAUUUUGCUGUCAUCAUAUUGUAGAAUCCAGAAUGUGAAAAUAUUCCUUGCAAAUCUUUUAGCAAGAAAACUGCUUCUGCUAUGACAUGUAUUUUAAAGUUACUAACAAUAUGCCUAUAGUAUUUUUAAGAACUGUUAAUAAAAUUAAAGUUUAUUUUGUGUUGGGGAAACAAUUAAAAUUUAAGCUUAAAUAUGUUUUGAUAUUAGAAUAAUGUUAAAAUACUUGCAUCAAAGUGUUCAGUAGCAAAAUAUUUUCUAUGUAUAUUUUAAAUAUUUAUUUUAUUUUCAGUAUGAACAUCCAUACUUAUUUGAUUUUAUGAUCAGUUUUCUCCUAUUUAAGUUAUGUUGUUCUUAAUACUUUUCAUUUAUAGUGUAGUGACUAAGAAAUAUAUUGUAACGGUAUGUUGACAAGAUGUCUUUUCAUAAAUCCACCAAUUUUCUUUUACUUUUUGGUCAGUACUGUUCCCAAGUAUUUAGAAUAUAAGCCCUAGAUUUAUAGUUACAGGAUUAUUUUAUAUAUCAGUACAAAGUUCAAAACCACAGCAGUUUACAUUGCAUAAUGUCUUGUUAAGUUUGUUUAUGAUCUGUUCACAAGAAAUUUUUAUUUGGUAGUAACAAAUUAUUGUGUAUAUUUUAUUACUCGCCAUACGAAAUUUUAAUUUUGGUUUGGUGUAAUAAAUUGUGAUAUCUUC